GUGUGUAGAGGAGGAGAGGAGAGGGGAGUAGACGAGCUGAAGACUCAGUGGAGCAACACAAGACUUCAGACGAAAGUUUUCUGAAGAAAAUUUUUUUUUUGUUGGUACUAGCACAUACGGAUUCUCCAGAAUGGCGUUUCUGUUGAUGUCUGUGACGGUUCUGCAUCUGAUCACUCUGGCCAUGCUGUUCAUUGCCACCAUGGAGAAGUCCUGGUGGACUUUGGGAGACAUUCAGAACACAGAUCUCUGGUAUAAGUGUUCGUAUGAUAACUCUUCAGGAACCUGGUUGUGCGCAUCUGUCAAUGAGAGUGAAUGGCUUCAGUCGGUGCAGGCGCUGAUGAUCUUGUCCGUGAUCCUGUCCUCCAUCUCCUUCAUGGUGUUUCUGGGUCAGCUCUUCACCAUGUCUAAAGGAGGACUCUUCUACUUCACAGGCCUCUGUCAGCUCUUCGCAGGUUUUGCAGCAUUUGCGGCAGUCCUCAUCUACACCUUUCAGAAGAGGGAGAUUCUUCAAAAUGACACAGAACUGGAAAAGGGCCAUUUCGGCUACUGUUAUAUCCUGGCCUGGGUUUGUGUGCCGCUUUUACUAGUCAGCGGUGCACUUUAUGUGCACCUGCGCAAACGGGCCUGAUUUUCAACACCACACAUCAGUAGUUUAGUCUGCUAUGAGAUUAUAUAUGCUUACGGCAGUUUCAGGUGUUGUGUUAUUUUGUAAUGUGCUAUAUUAUUGGCUCAUUAGUGUUGUUUUUAAUGAACAAACUCCCAAUAUCUGCUUUGCUGCUUUUGCGAAGUUGCAACUUUGCUGUUUUUUCGCAACAGUGGAGAAAGCGCUGCUGAUAAUCAAGUGGGAUUUAGAUGCUGAAUGCAGUUUUUAAAUAAUUCUGUAAGAAAACUGGAGUGUAAAGGACUAAAUAACCUUUUUUUGUAGUCAAAUGUGUAGUGAAUGUUUUUUUUUCUUAGUAUCCUGAACACGUGCUAACUUAUUUAUUUUAGAAAGAUCUCUCCCUGUUCAGUGUCCUCUGCACUUUUUUCCCCUUAAAGUUAUGAACAAUAAUAUGUAUUUGCUCUCUUUCCAAAAAUGCUUUAAAAACAUAUUUUAAUCCCUCACAUAUGCACUCGUCAAUGGUUGUUUUUGCCAUUUUCAGUGUUUUUUUGUUGCUUUUGUUCAGUCUCAGUUUCUUUUCAAACACUGAAACAACAGGCCGGUUCAGCGUUGACACCAGAAACGAUUCAAAAGCAGUUCAUUUUGGUGUGUCAGACCCUCAUGUACAUCUAAUAGUGUAAAUAUGCUAUGGGCUUAAAGCAGCGCUAAACUAAACACUGCAGAAGCAACUCAAUGCAGAUGAUUUCAAACAUUUUCUGUGUGUAAAAUCAACUGUGCAUAAACAUAUGUAAGGUGAUUAGUGCCAAAGUCUUUUUUAUUAGGUUCAUCUUGGGUCAGACAAUAAAAUAUACAUAAUAUUGAUACAUAUAGAUAUAUACAGGGUGACGUGGUGGCGCAGUGGGUUGCACGAUGCCCUCAAAGCAUGAAGGUCGCUGGUUCGAGCCUCAGCUGGGUCAGUUGGCAUUUCUGUGUGGAGUUUGCAAGUUCUUCCUAUGUUGGCGUGGGUUUCCUCCAGGUGCUCCGGUUUCCCCCACAGUCCAAACACAUGUGGUACAGGUGAAGUGUGUGCGUGUGUGCGUGUGUGUGUGUGUGUGUGUGUGUGUGAGAGAGAGAAUGAGUGUGUAUGGCUGUUUCCCAGUGAUGGGUUGCAGCUGGAAGGACAUCCGCUGCGUAAAACAAAAGUUGACGGUUCAUUCCGCUGUGGCGACCCCGGAUUAAAUGAACUAAGCCAAAAAGAAAACGAAUGAAUAAAUGAGAUAUACGCAGUUACGCACUGAUUCACCAAAAUAAGUAAAUAAACUAAAUAAGUAUAUAAAAAAUAAGGUGAAAUACCAAAAAUAUACACGCAUAAGAUAACAAUAAUAAAAAACAAACAAAAGAAUAAAUAAAUAAAUAAAUUAUACAAAGAAAAGACAGAAAAAAAAAGGCAAUUAAGAUAUAGGUGUAGUGCCAAAGUCUUUGAAAGAAAUUGUAUUGAUUUAAUGUCAGCAAGCACAACAGCCAAUGAAAUUGCUGAAAUUUGCAUAUGCAGUACUCUGGAAUAUACAUAUUCAAACAUCAGAAGUUAUAUCAAAGCGUAAUUAAAAUUGCUGCCUCAAAACAUAAAAAUGCUCACAUUAAAGUCUUCUGUGAUCAUCUUUCAUAAUCUGAAGUCUAAUACUUUGCAUUUAAAGGGGACCUAUUAUGCAAAAAUGACUUUUAUAAGGGGUGUAAACACAUUCGAGGCAACAUUGUGUGAAUGUAACAAGCCUCUAAUGAAAAAAAAAAUGUAUUCUGUGUUUUUAUAAUCGCAUUUCUUAAAAACAGUCCGCAGAAACACUGUGGUUGACAUUCUCCCUUUGUGUCAUCAGAAGGGGAAAGCCCCGCCCACUAGUGACUAUCUCUCCCUCCGCCAUUAGAGUUUUUGCAACGUAUCUGCUGAAGGUAAUGUCAGCGACUAGGGGGAUUAUGAAUGUGGAGCAUUAUAGAUGUCUUCUGAGUCACUUCUUUUGACGUUUUCAUCUUUUCUUUUAGCUCCGCCCUCUUUUGAAAAGAGCACAAUCUCAUUUAAAUUUAAAGUGACAGUCACCAAAACAGCACAAUUAGAAUCAAAGCCUAAAAGGGUCAGUUUCAGAGAGUUUUAAAUCCGUAUUUGUCAAGGCAUUUUGAGCUGAAACUUUUUACAUCUUGCAAAACGGAGCAAAGUGGGUCCCCUUUAAUAAAAAACUGUUUCUUUAAGAUUGAUUCGUGUCCAUGCCGAAAAAAAAUCAAAACUGGAAACCUCAAAAUAAACCCUUUUUCAUGUUAAAAAUA